CUUUAUAAACUAUUAACAGUAAUAUAAGCUUGGGUGUACGUCGUGUGUGUCGUGAACUGAAUUAAUAAUGUGAUAAAGUUUAGUUUUAAGAACACGUCCUCCGAGGGCUGCCGAGUUAACCCGAGAUUUAUUAAACUUUAUUUAGCAGGAAAACAUGCCCACGUAACUAAAGUGUUUAGCGGCGAGUUUCAUAACGAAUGAUGAAGUGAGUGAUAGUACAGGAUGUGGCGGCUUUGUCUACCUCCUCCCUUAACAUCUGUGACACACCCGCUGUUCCUUCAUCGACACAAGAGGACUUGGCUAUAAGCCCCGCCUCCACCAUGACGUCAUCGACCACGCGGCCGCCUGGCUUCGUCGAGUGUUACGUCUGCCAAAAGGAGUUCGGAUCCCGUUCAAUAGAGAUCCAUGAACCUCAGUGUCUCGCUAAGUGGAGAGCUAACAACUCCAAGCUGCCAAAGUCGAGGCGGGAGGCGUCACCAUCACCGCCCCCUGGCCACCCACUCCACGGGGCACAACUACAGGUCGACAUGUCUCCUUCGCCCUCCGUCUACACGCCCACCUCUGACCCCGAUGAACUGAGCUCCUCCUGGCCAGACCAACGCCAGCAUCUCUCCCGAAGAGCCGACGGACGCCCUCGUUCUGCCUCCCAAGGACACGCUGAGAAGAAGAACCGACCCGGCACUGCCACCCUCAGGAGACCUAAGGUACUUGACAUGAGCCUGAAGAAUGCCGUGGACAUGAGUGAGAUGACUCGCAGUAUGGUCGACCAGUUAAUCCUGUCCCGCGAAUCUCAGAGUGGGUUCAGCGAUUACUCCAGCGAUUUCACCAACUCUUCCUCCUCUUCUCCUUCUUCUUUGGGUAGCAAGAGCUCCUUUGAUGAUUCGGGAGACUCAGAGGGCGAGCAUAGGAGGAACCAGCGGCCGUCCACAAUGCGACUACCAAGACCAUCCCGCAAUAUAGCUGUACCCGUCAUCACCUCCGCUUCACGCCCUACCAGGAAAACCUCCUCUCUUAGAAACUUCGUGCCCAGAAAUCGUCGGCGUCCACUGGAGGAGGUGUUUAUGGGACCCAAAAAUAAAGUUAAGAUCCCCGAACCCUGCAAGACGUGCGGCAAGGAACAGAACCCCGAGCGCUUCCACAGUCACCCUCUCCACAUGCUCAAGUUCAAAUCCAAGGGAGAUGAAAAAAGCAAGUCGAAGCCCUUUAAGCUGAUCGUGACCAAACCCACGGCCCUCAAGUUCAAGAGUAAGAGUUUAGAUGAGGAGAAGAAGAAUCCAAGUAGGAAAAGUAAGCUUAAACCUCCUAAUGUGAUCCAAAGGAAUGCUCAUAGUGUGGGGAGUUCUCCUAUAGUGACGAAGAAGAGCCAUCGUGAUAAGGAGAGGAAUGCGUCACACCAUAAGAUUGUUCCUUUGAAAAAAUUUAUCCAAAACCAAAAGGCUUCCAUUAGUGAAGGACAGAAAGACUUUAAUGUUGAAAUUUACGAUGGGGAUGCCUCUCCUAGGAAUGUGAGUGAAAGUAAUAUCAAUCCGUUAUCUCAGAGACAACGCGAUAUGACGUUAAAGGAAAAUGGGGAGAGUAAUGGUGUUAUGGGUCUUCAUAAAGCGGCGACACAUCCUUCUCGAGGUAUGGGGAAGAUUGAGGAGGAGAGUGAUAGUCCUACAGAGACCCAAGGUGAUGCAGGGGCGCCGCCGUAUAAGCCGCCACCUUCCACCUUGAACAACACCAACACUAGGCUCAAUACCUCGCGUACCCUCGUCUGUUUCAUCUGUGGGAGAGAGUUCGGCAGUAGGUCUCUUCCCAUCCACCAGCCACAGUGUUUAGAGAAGUGGAAGAGGGAGAAUGAGCGCCUACCAAAGAACCUGCGUCGUCCAGUGCCUCAGGAGCCUGACCAUCACCUAACACAGGAGGAGUGGAACCACUUCGCCUGGAAAACUGCGCAGGCUCAGCUGGUGCCGUGUGAGAUGUGUGGGAGGACCUUCUUCCCGGAGAGGCUGGAGGUCCAUCAACGAGGAUGUAAGCCACCACCCGGAGCACCAGCGAAGAAACCCCAAAAGACCCGGCCAGAAUCGACAUCAUCAUCAUCAGUGUUAAACUCAUCGAUGAGCGUCGCCAAGCCUACCGUGGUGUGUUACAUCUGCGGCAGGGAGUUUGGCACUAUGUCUAUCACCAUCCACGAGCCUCAGUGCCUCCGCAAGUGGAAGAUCGAGAACCAGAGUCUGCCUAAUCACCUCCAAAGACCAGAUCCGCGUAAACCUGAUGUUGUAUAUGAUGAUGAAGGUAACAUCAAUAGAGAGGCGAUGGCUGAGGCAGCCUGGAAGACCCAUCUGCAGCAGCUGGUCAAGUGUGAGAAGUGUGGCCGAACCUUCUUUCCUGACCGUCUCAUUGUCCACCAGAAGGCAUGUCUCCGGGAGGCCUGAACUCCCCCCCCUCCUCCUCCUAUGUGCAUUCAGGAAGCCGAAGAACCCUCCUCCUUCUCUUCCUUUUAUGUGUCUUCAGGAAUCCUAAGACCUUCUCCUACUCAUAAUCACAGCGCCAAGUAUCACGUCGUCACAAGUUUCUCCUCGUCCACAUGUAAACAUCCAUUUGGAGACAUUGAUGGCAAGAAUUAUUCCAAAAUAGAUCUGAAGCUUUACAACCUCACACUCGGCAGCCUUAAAAAUUACUAAAGUCGCCUUAAAAAAAAUUAUAUACUGUACAUAUUAAAUAUUUCUUUUUUUGGUAUGAAAAAUAUGCGGGCAGCUGAACAAGGUGAUACCAAAGAAAAUUUCCAACAGAAUGGUUUGCCUCACUGAUUAUAAGUGGCUGCUUUAGUGUGGACAGUAUAAUGGAGUUAAAUCCUAUAUGUAUUGUUGGUGGUGUGUAUUAGCUCAGGUCUACUAGAAUAGCCAGAUGGUCACAUUGACGAAGGCAUCAACCUGAGUGUCAACCACGCUUCUGGUCACCGAGAGUUGGAGAAACAUUAAAUGCAAGACUUUAAUACCUACUGCAGUACAUGAAGAAUUGAUUCAGGUAUUGUCUUGGUAUAAUCUGAUCUCAGUCAAUACCCAUUGCUGAACAUUUUGUAUAUACAGUACACAAAUUAAUGUAUUUUUUAUAGUUUACAUUAUUCGUGAGGAAAAAAAAACAUACAAACUACUAUUCUGAGAGAAGAGUCACCAUCAAGGACCCACAACACUUCAAUAUCUCAGUGUGUAGGCGGAAUCACCAACAGCUGUGACAUCACGUGAAUGUUGUGUUGGGGAUCGCUGACGCCAAUACCUGGAGGGACACAACACAGGUUCCUUCCUCCAGGCGAAAUAAUUGCCACGGUCACACCACACUCCCAGACCGGAGUUGGUGUUGCAACUCAUAGUUUGUAUUGGCUAACCAAUUUUAUGAGUUAUUUAUUAUGGUUUCUUAAAAGUUUUGAGCUGUGGUAGUCUUGAUAGUGGGUGUGUCUCGUGCUAUCCUCAAUUCAGCUCGGAUAUUAAACUUCUCAUUGUGGGAUAAUCCUCUUACGUCACCAUUAGCCUAGGAUGUUAGUGCCAUUAACCACCAACAGCUGUUAUGGCAAGGUGAUGUUUAUUAGUUUAUCAUAUUGAUACUGAUUUUGGUCAGCUCCUACUGACAGAGAAGUGAUAUAUCAGAAGCUAUAAUGAGCUGUCUUGGGUCACACACUCACUUUCAAAACCUCAUAAUCUGUCUCAUCUUAGCAUGUAUAGCUAUUUGAAAUAUGUUUUCUUAUUUUCUUAUUUGUUAGGUGCAACAUUAUUUUAAUCAUUCACAUAUUCAUUUUUUCAUACUUUCAUUGGGGUGUAAGUGUCUCCAGGCGGUGAUGGUUGUACAUAUGGCAAACGGCAAUUAAGAUGUCAAUUUAACUCGAGCAAAACCCACAACUUGUAUAGUGUAUAGCCAAGAUCAGACCACCUCCAGCUUUAUCAGGUCAUUAUUAAAUAGGACUCUAAAAAAGGGAAUGAUCUUUAGACAAUACUGAAAUCUUUGAGUUUGUGGAUUUUGUCAUCUUAGUCAUGUGUGUGUAGGGAUGAUAUCAUUCUUGCCAUUGUGUGCAUGUGUAAAAUUGUCAUAUCAUGUGGAGGUAUGGUUUCUUUUCUUACUCAAGUGACGUGACUGAGGUAUCUGGGCCCAAGAUGCACCUCAGACAAAAAGAUGAGGAGUUAGUUAAUACAGGCUCGUGUAACAAUUAUGUAUAUUGUAGAAUAUCAAUGUAAUAUAAAGUGUACUGAAGUA